AUGUCAUAUCCCACCACCCAUUUUAUGGGGAGCUUGGCUUGGCUCGUAGACUUAGAGGUAGGCCCCUACCCAGUGGCCAGGCCGGGCCAGUACAAAUUGCAUGCUUCAAACACUCGUGGUUGCGAGCGAGUGAGCGACCAGGUACAUGACAUGUACUGUACUAUGCUCUUCACGUCAUAUGAUAUGCAACCCCUAUGGGGUAAUAGUGAUUACUAUUAG